AUGUCACGCUUCACCGGCCACACCACCACCACCUCGACACCUUCCUUCUUGAUGUUGGACACCGGCAGACUAUGGAUAAUCGGGACGACGAGCUUGAUCAGUUUCAUCGCCUUCAGCCCCCAGAUCUUCAUCAUCAUCCCACUCUUCGACCAUCCAUCGACCAAUCCAGACUGUCUGGGCCUGCUCGUCCCCUUCAACAUCCUCGUCGGCCUCCUCUUCAUCCACUACUUCCUCUGCAUCACCACCGAUCCCGGUAGAGUACCGAAGGAAUGGGAUCCUGUAGGGCUGAUCGAGAGUGAGGAGAAUGGUCGCGCUAAGCUACUCUCGCUUGGUCAGCUCAGGUUCUGUAGGGCUUGUAAAGUCUCCAAACCUCCGCGAGCUCACCAUUGUAGAACUUGUAAGAGAUGUGUACUCAAAAUGGAUCAUCACUGUCCAUGGGUUAAUAAUUGUGUAGGAUAUCAUAACUAUGGUCAUUUUCUGAGGUUCCUGGGAUUUGUUGAUCUGGCGUGUUGGUAUCAUAUCUGGAUGAUCAGUAAACGAGUCUUUGGUGAAUUUGCUUAUGGGCCUGAACCGAGCAAGACGGAGAUGAUUUUUCUAGUGUUGAAUUAUGUGGCCUGUUUGCCGGUCAUCCUGGCCGUUGGGGUCUUCAGUCUCUACCACCUCUGGGCAGCUGUCAGUAACACGACGACGAUCGAGGGCUGGGAGAAGGAGAAGGCGCGCGAGUUACGCAGGAAGGGUCGGAUCCAACAGUUCUCGUAUCCUUUUUCGAUAGGUAUCUAUCGCAAUUUGCAAGCUGUACUAGGUCGUAACCCGUUGUUGUGGUGGCUGCCUCAGCGGAUGUCAGGCGAUGGACUCCGAUACCCUACUGAUGCGGCGAUAGAUCCGUUGGAGCAGUACUUGUGGCCUCCCCGGGACCUGUUCACACGCCGAGCGCCGCAGUUGAGGAGGAGACAGUUUGAGCAGGAAGCGUUUACGUAUGGGGACGAGCGGCUGAAUCCGGAGCUUGUUCCGAGCCGGACGAAGUCCGUCCAUGCCGGCGUUCCCCGCCGGACGGUCUCGCCCUACCAUGCGGACUACGCGCUGGAGAAUGAUGAUGGGGAGUGGGAGGAAGAGUCGGACUCGGGCCGGCUUGCGAACGGACAUGUGGUCGAUUUCUCGGGCUCUGAUGACGAGGAGCCGUUGAGUACGCUUGUUGCCCGUCGAAAGCAUCAGCCGACGGUGGUGGCUAGGAGGCCGUUGGUCAGACGGGGCAGCGAGGGCGUCGAGAUCAAGUCUGUUGGACCCCGCUGGUCCUCCUCCUCUCAUCAUCCUUGCGCCGAGGAAACUCGGCCGGCGGAUGAUGGUCGCUGGCUGGAGGUGGAGGGCAGCGAAGGCUCGGAUGGCUGGGAUUGA